GCGUUUCUGGCGACAUCAAUCUACAAUCAAACCAUGAAAGAAAAAACAAACAUUAGAGAAUUAUUUAGCUCUGCAGCUGAACGAGACACAUUUCUUAAGAUUUGUGCUCCGAUGGUAAGAUACAGCAAAUUGGAGUUUCGCAGUUUAGUUCGAUCGUACGGAACCGAUUUAGCUUUUACCAGCAUGAUCAUGGCUGAUUCCUUCUGCAAAAGUGAAAAAGCCCGUCUUAAUGAAUUCACAACAAACAAAGACGAUACGCCGCUGAUAGCCCAAUUUGCAGCUAAUAAUACGAUUGAUUUCCUGUCCGCCAGCGAAAUGGUUUACCCCUACGUCGAUGGUGUCGACCUAAACUGUGGAUGUCCACAGCGCUGGGCAAUGGCUGAAGGGUACGGAAGUGCACUGCUAAAAACGCCCGAACUCAUGGCCGACAUGCUAGGUACGGUACGCCGCAACAUGCCUAGCUCGUUCAGCGUUUCGGUAAAGGUGCGACUGCUUUCAAGCACGAACCAAAAACAAACCAUCGAUAUGUGCCGUCAGUUGGAGGCCACCGGUAUUACAUUCCUGACUGUGCACGGCCGCACGGCACCCGAGAUGACGAAGGUGCCGGUUCACCGGGACGCACUGCAAGAAAUAAAACAAUCCAUUGGCAUCCCUAUGGUAGCUAAUGGUGAUAUCUUCACGCUGGACGAUGCCGAACAAAUGUAUUUACAAACAAAGUGCGACGGCAUAAUGGCAGCUCGCGGCAUACUUUCCAAUCCUGCCCUGUUUUCGGGUCACAAAAGCACCCCGGUGGAGUGUGUAAAACGAUGGUUACACAUUUGCGAGCAUGCCGAUACCGACAUCACGUACCAAUGCAUGCACCAUCACUUUUCGUUUAUGACCGAAUCGCUGCUUAACAAGCGGUUGCGCUUGCAGUUAAAUAAUUUAUCCAAAGAAAAGCAAAAAGUAUUUGACUUCGUUCGAACGCACCUGCCCGUCGAUAGUGUUGCCGACGAAAUGUUUGUGCAAGAUUACCCAGAAAAAAUAAACUGCACGUAUAACGAUCAAACCUAUCGCCAAAGGACGGCUGAUCAUGGUGCAAUGAAUGUUAGCGCUGUUGUAGAUAGCUGUACAUACGAUCCAGAAGCGUCGGAUGGUAAUUUCUUUCGGAGCAAACGGGCGGAACUGGACGAUUCACAAGCUGUGGAUGAAGUAGCGGAAGAGGUGGAUGGAGUCAGUUUUAUGGACGGUGGAAGCAUUUUGUUUGACGAGUGAAAGGUACAAUAAACAAA